UGACAUUGGGGUUAAACCAUAGGCAUCGCAAUUCUUCCAAACGAGCGCUGAAUCCCGCCGCUUAUGGCCAACAGCAGCCGCUACGAUCCGACCCGCACCCGAUAUUUCGUCUCACAAUCGCCCCGAUUUUUCCCCAUUUCCCCUUCUGGGUAAGACAAAGAAGAAACUCAUAGGUGGAAGUAAUUCUUGGAUCUCAAUUUUCAAAAGUAAAGAACCAAAAACUCUAAGUAUAUUCACACCUGGUGAGCAAUGAGCGAAACGAUAGACUUAACAGGGAAUGGAGGUGUUCUGAAGACGAUUGUAAAGCAUGCCAAAGCCAACGCUGAUGCUCCAACCGAUGACCUUCCUCUUGUUGAUGUUCAUUAUGAAGGAACUCUAGCAGAAUCUGGCGAAGUGUUUGAUUCAACUCGUGAGGAUAAUACUGUCUUCUCUUUUGAGCUUGGAAAAGGAUCCGUGAUCCAAGCAUGGGAAAUUGCCGUCAAGACAAUGAAGGUUGGAGAGGUCGCAAAAAUCACCUGCAAGCCAGAAUAUGCUUACGGAGUUGCUGGUUCUCCACCGGACAUCCCACCAGAUGCAACUCUUAUCUUUGAGGUGGAAUUAGUGGCCUGCAAGCCCCGUAAAGGUUCAAGUUUAGGCAGUGUUUCUGAGGAAAGAGCUAGGCUCGAAGAAUUGAAAAGGCAAAGGGAGGCUACUGCUGCAUUAAAAGAAGAGGAGAAGAAAAAGAGAGAUGAAGCCAAAGCAGCAGCAGCUGCUCGGAUUCAAGCCAAGUUAGAGUCCAAAAAGGGUGGAAAGGGGAAGGGUAAAGCAAAAUAAUGUCAUGCUACAAUGUUAAAAAACAAAAUAAAUGAGAUGAAACUUUAGAGCCAUGGGUUUGUAAUAGUCAUACAGUGAAAUUGAGUCACGUUGCUUAGUGUUUUCAUUGUAUGCCGAAUAUUAACUAAGCAAAAAAUUUCUCCGAUUAGCUCAGAAUAAAAAGACCCUUUUUUACUGUCAAA